AUGCCAAUGCCAGAAUCCAACAAUAGACGAUGCGCCAGCACCGCCCGCAACCACUGCCAGUGCAACGUCACAAUCCUGCUCCGGUUAGAUGCCAAUGCGCUAUUUGGCUCACCGCCCGGCAUAUCAAUAUCCACGCCACAUGCGUAUCUCACGCCAGCAACAACAACAACAGCCAUCAACAAUGACCCGGAUUAUGCAACGCCCGUUUGGCGAUCUACACCAAGUGCCACGCCCACCAGUCGUCCACCCUCCAUGGGACCAAUGGCCACAACAACAGCUCCCUACAGGCUGUCAAGGAGUCCUGAGGGGGCACUCCAAAAUUCACCACAAUUCCAUCCCAAUCAGCUGACCUCAGCACACGUAACGAAAGACAAUCCUACAGUCUGCCAACCCAGCCACCACCCCUGGAGUCUGAGGCCCGCAGGCCCAUGGCCUUGCCACUUUAAGGGCUCUGUCUACAUGGUUGAGAUUCGCAAUUGUCGGGAUCUUGUGGUGGAUGCCAAUCGUCUGGCGGAUACAAUGGAUCUACGAAAGGUUACCUUCGUAAUUGGACAGCUAGUGCUCCGCGAGCAUGCACUUAGUGUGCGCUAUGCCAGCAACAAAGCUCUGAUCGUUGAAUUCGAACAGACCAACCUCAAGCUAAUCGAAUCGCAUGCCAUCAAUGGCAACAUCGAGGAGAUCUCAUUCGUGGGCGGAAGGAUAGACCUGAUGAAGCCCUUCGGCUUCACCACCACCAAGGAUAGUGCCAUAUUGCUCAAGUUAGAUGGAGUAACCAUACAGCGGAUCGAAAGUCAGGCCUUCAAAAAGUUCGCCGUGGAGCAGAUGAUCAUCGCUAACUGCCAGUUCCUGGGCGAUCUGCCCACCCGAGCUUUCUACGAACUUGAGGUAACCAACGAGUUGAGUUUGCGGGGCAAUCAGUUUCAGGAGAUCCACUCCCAUGCCUUCUCCUUUAAGCUUGUCUCAAAGUUAAGCCUAAGUGAUAAUCACUUCGUAUCCGUGGAUGGCGAGUGGUUGGAAGCCCAAAUCCGGGAUGCAGUGACUAUAAGAGGAAACGAUUUUGGAGCCACCAGUGAGAUUGCCUUCCGCAGUCUCACCGUUCAUCGUUCUUAUCAGCUUAGUGAGCACCUGGAACUGCGUUUCCACAACAACAGCCUGCGAAGCUUGCGUCCAGGAGCAGAUCCCAGUGUAGAUCUGGCAAAUGGAGCGGAAGCAGCACCGCAGCCCCUGCGUUUCGACGACAGAUUCUCACUUAGCAUCCGGGAUCUUCGCUAUGAUAACUCCUGGAACUGUGAGCAGCUGGACAGGAAUGUUGAGCCACCAUUGCCGCGUGCUGACUUUUUCCGAAUUCACAGCGAUCAGCUGAUGUUCUAUCCACCAGAUUCCAAUGGAGAACGCCAGAGUCAUCACUAUAUGCCACUGCGAAUGCUGAUCACGGAUCAGUGUCGUGAGCAGAGCUAUAUGGCUUAUAUAAUCUCGGGUAGUGUAAUAUUGGGAUUACUACUCCUUCUGUUGAUCCUUUUGCUCUGGUGGCGAGUGGUGCAAAAGCGACGACGCCGCAAACUGGACGUAGUGCAGCCGGAACCGCGCACUUACAAGGAAACCCAGAUCGUAUACCAAAUCGAGAAUGCUGGCCUGCUAAAGACUGAUUUGUAGACAGACGCCAAGGAAAGACACUAAGAGGAAUGUUUAGGCAACCUUUGACCUCGAACAGAACCUCUGAAAUCAUAGAGACAUAUAGCUGAAUGAAGCUAAAAGAGGAGCGGGUGGUGUGGUUGGAAUACUAUAGCACCACCCAUCAUACGGAACCACCAAUGCGUGACCUUUCGCUGUACCAAAACCAUAGCCUACAGUUAGUCCUUAGAUAUCUUAUUUUAAUUAUCGUAAAUCGUAAAUCGUAAAUCGUAACUCGUAUAUCGUAUAUCGUAAUAUUUGUCAGUUUUAAGUGGCCCAUGUAAAUAGUCGCAUGUAGUCCUGGGAUCUUGCCCAGAAAUAUCCAGAUGGGUUAGCCAUAUCCCAUCAAAUACGUACAUAUAUAGAUAUAUGGAAUAAAUCAAGUUAAAGCCAAAAAGGGA